UCCGGGGCUCGGGCUAGCAGGGGGCCCACGAGCCUGCCGGGCUGGGGCUCGCUCCCACCUGCCUUUCCGGGCGCGCACCGGGCCAGCUGCAAGGCGCCGUAGGGCUCGGGUGGCUCCCCGCGCGCUUCUCUCCCCUCCCCCAGCUUACUUGGGCCCCGACGGGCUUUUGCUGUCUGGGGCUGUCAGUCCAACGCUCCGCUUCGGCCCCUUCGCUUCCCCGGGGCAGGUGAACGGGGUGUGGGGACAACAGUUAGGCUGACUCUCUUCCUGAAGGAUCCUUGUGCUUCUUCCUAAGAUCACACGGAGUGUGUGCGCGCACAGGUUCACGUGUGGAUUCAUUGUAAUGGAUCGCUACAGAUAUUUCAUCUUUAACCAGAAAAGUAUGGUUGUGCUGGGGUUCUUGCAGAUAGCCUGUGCUGCAGUGUGUGUCAUCAGUGGAUUAAUGGAUGGCACCUUCAGAACAGAAUCAGCACUGAGUAAAAGCAGAGCACCCAUCUGGGCUGGAAUGGUCAUGGGUGUUCCUGGAGUUCUGGCUUUAUUUUCUUCCCAGAAAAAAAAUCCAGUUCUUGUGAAUGCAAUGAUAGUAGCUUCUAUAUUUUCUUGUUUUGCCACCAUCAUUGUAGUUGUCUAUGCUUCCUUAACUUUAAGCUAUGGUGAAGAAGAUGAGAUGUUCACACAUGAGCCAGUUCAUGUUAUUCAUACGAAGUUUGUGCUUGAUAAACUUGUCAAAGGAGCCAACAUAGCAAUGUUAAUUGCAUCUACCUGCAGUGCUUUCAUUGUGCUAGUUAUUGCUUACAUGGGCUGCCGAAGUCUUCCACAUUGUUCAUGUUAUGACAAUGUAACUGGAAUGGAAUGGUUACAACCUGCUGAGGAUCCGCAGCAGACUGUUGAACUGGUUUGCACUAUGCAAAGUCAUGGGAACAGAAUCUUUAAUUCCCCAGUGCAGUUUCCAGAUCAAGACUUAGAUGCAGAGGAAGAACUAUCCAAACCACCUCCCUACAUCAGACUUGUUUGAAGAAUAACAAAGAAUUUUAAUGCUAAUAGACUGGAGAACUUACCUUAUAUUUUGCUACCUUUUUUUAAAGACUUUUAAAAACAAAAUCUGUGCACUUUUUCAUGGAUUCUUUAAACAUGGAACUACUGAAUGCACAGAAAGUUAAGCCAAGAUGGCAGUGCAAUUGUCUACGCACUUGUGGAUGAAAAUAUCUUACAGGUCUUUAACUGAUUUAGGUCUUGCACAAUUAAAAUACCUCAUCUCUUCUAGGAUGUGUGAACCAGUCUCCUGCAGCUUUUAUAUGAGAUCUAUAUUUUAAGACUAGAUGAUAAUGGAAUUUGUCUUGCAGUUUCAGUUUGGUAGUGCUAGCUUUGAGCAUUCAAAUGUGAAAUCAUAUUGACUGUUUUAAAAUGUUUGUUAAUGCAUCUACAUUUUCUCAAAUAUAACUUGUAUUUUUCUGCCUUUUUAAACAAGUUCUACUAGAAUGAAGGAGCAACUUGUGGUUAGACAUAAUUUCUUUUACUUCUGUGGACUGCACUGGAUAUUCAGCCAUCUUCUUCCAUCUUUCUUGGGGAACAGGCUAAAACAUCUGGUAUUAAAACUUGAAGUGUCCCUGUCAAACUAUAGAUUCAGUUGUGUUUAAAAAAAAUUGUAUUUAUAUUUUAUCAAUGAACACCUAAUAAAACAGGAUUUUAAGUAGA